GGCAUACAACCUGUCGCCAUUUUAGGUCUCGAGGUGCAGCGCCUGAGAGAGUCAGUGCGCAGGCGGGCUCGGCCCUGGCUCUGGGCGGGCCCCGCCUCCAGGGUGCCUGAAGCCCGCCCCUCGCCCAGGCUCCGCCUUCCCACACGUGUCUGCGGCCGAGGGGAGGCGCCUGAGCCGGAGCGGGCUCUGGAGCGAUCGGGCCCCGUCCUCAUACAGGUUUCUGACAGCCGCUCCUGGGAGCGGUCCUGGCUGCCGGAUGCUUCCGUCCCGACUGCGGCGGGCCGGGCUGGACGCUUAGUGCCCGGCUCGAGCCCUGCCUGAGGCGCCCGCGGGGGUGGCAGUGGCCUCCGCCCCGCGGAGACCGAGCGGCUGAAGGACGAGGCGGCGGCCGUGGGGAGGAGGAUGGGGGCUAACCAGUUAGUGGUGCUCAACGUCUAUGACAUGUACUGGAUGAACGAAUACACCUCAUCUAUUGGAAUUGGAGUUUUUCAUUCAGGAAUUGAAGUAUAUGGCAGAGAAUUUGCUUAUGGCGGCCAUCCUUAUCCUUUUUCUGGAAUAUUUGAAAUUUCCCCAGGAAAUGCUUCUGAGCUAGGAGAAACAUUUAAAUUUAAAGAAGCUGUUGUUCUAGGGAGUACGGACUUUCUAGAAGAUGAUAUAGAAAAGAUUGUAGAAGAGCUGGGGAAAGAGUAUAAAGGCAAUGCCUACCAUCUGAUGCACAAAAACUGCAAUCACUUCUCUUCAGCUUUAUCUGAGAUUCUCUGUGGGAAAGAGAUUCCUCGCUGGAUCAACCGGCUGGCCUACUUCAGUUCCUGUAUACCCUUUCUACAGAGUUGCCUCCCAAAGGAGUGGCUCACUCCUGCUGCAUUGCAGUCUAGUGUCAGCCAAGAACUCCAGGAUGAACUGGAAGAAGCAGAGGAUGCAGCCACAUCCACUGCCGUGGCUAGUGCUUCAGCUGGUGCCAGAACUGGGCGUCACACUAAACUAUAAGACCUCUGAAGUCAGGCCUUCAGAACUGUCUCUGGCAGUUGAGUAUCAUUAGAGAAAAAGAAAAUAGAGUAAAUGUCCUUUGGAUAUUUUGUAUGCAAAGAUGGCUCUCCCCCAAAUCCCAGUUUUUCAGCUCAGGAUUAUAUUUGUAAUCAAAAACAAAAAAGAAGAAAACUCACUUGGCACAGGAGGGAGAACUUUGUAUGAAGCUGCCCUCUUUUCUUUUCUUUUUAACCCACUUGUAAAUUUGGACUCACUCCCUCUGUUUUAUACGAUCUCUGUUAAAUUACGUUUACAGUAUUUUGUACCACUGUUUACAAAUCUUGCAUGGAUUCUGCUACCGUGAAAGAAGAAUAUCCUCAUCUUCAAAAAUUAGGCAGAUCACCUUUGUACACUUCCUGACAGUUGCCAGAGCUACAGCAUAACAGUGGGCACAAGAAGAGGCUUUCUCAGCUACAGCUCUGGCCACCUGCUUACGCAUUGUCCCUUAGAUUUGUGUUUGUUUUGUUACCAUUUUGGCGCCCAGAUACAAGAAUCCAAACUGGCCUGACACGAAGGAGCACACUCACAGCCAGGGGGCUUGGGUCCUGGGUCAGUUCCUCUCCACACGCUUCUUCCCAUUCUGCGUAGCACAUUUCCCAAGGUGCCCAUGGAGCAGCUGGUUUCAUCCCGAAUAUGCCCACCUCAUCAGGGUGGUAUUCUUAUCUGCCUGGCUUGAUGCCUCUGAUUCUUUAGUGAAGAUGUUUUCAUGGAAGAUACUCUUUUAACUGAUGAGUGUUUUUUGCACAUGUGUUAGGAGAGGGGCUUCAUUUUUAUUUUAAUACACUCUAAACUCCUCCCCUGUACAGGAUAUUUUUGGUGGAGUGGGGGUAUCCUAACCUAGCUUCCUGAGUAGCAGUACAAACUGACAUCAAAAUGCUUUUUAACUAGCCAGGCUACCUUUUAUACUGGACAUUGAAAACUAGAAUCUAAAACACACCCCAAAGGUAAUUCUUUAAUAUUUAAUACUUUGUGUAUACCAUAUCAGAAACAGCUUGUUGGAGUUUCUUAGUUCAUGAUUGGAGUAGUUGCACCUCAUAAUAGAGAUUCUAUUUUCAUUGAUA